UGCUGACACAUUCUGCUUAGCACCACGGACAGCGGACGAUUAGGAGACACAAGCUAUCCAUCGAUAUUUUUGGAGAAUCAGGAGACUAAAUGGACAAUGAGGAGUUUGGUUUGGGGAUUUUCUGAUUUUGAUUGCUCUCAAAAGUAUUUUGCGCUGCUUGGCAAAGUAAGCGUGUUCUCGUCUUUGUGUAAUGUAUGCGAGAGGUAAAAACGUAGCUUUUCUUUGGUAGUAAAAGUCCCUAAGCAAAGUUUAGAUUAGAUACCCUUUAUGCAUAACUAACACCAAGAGUAUCAGGCGUUAUUAUCGAGCUCCAGGCAGGUCUGCCGUGCGUAAAAGCCGUGCCGCUGAUACCAGCGAUACUCCCGCUUGACGCGUGCGACAGCAGAUGGAUUGUAUGUUUGCAGUGUCAUGUUGAUAGUCAGUGUUAUUAAAAUCGAAAACAGGUGAGUAAUUACGCAUAUUACUCCUUGUUAAAAAACCUAUUCGAAUGUAAGAUACAAGACAAUAUAGUAUUUGGAUUUGGCUCAAGGCGCAUGGUGAGCAUUGAAAGAAAAAUGAAAACACACACUUUGUCAUUCCAAGGAGAGAGUAACAGUGGUCAGUACACUUGACUGCUAUGAGUCGCCUACUUUAUCUAAGGCACAUAGCACACACCUAAAUUCAAGACACUUAUCAAAUGGGUCAAACCACUGUUUCAUUGUUGCCUAGUGAGUAAGUAAAGUUAUUCCAAUAUAGCAUCCUUUUUUAAAAAAGAAAAUAGAAAAAAAAGUACAACAAAUAAACAUCAGCAGAAACAGAACUUAAAAAGAUACAAAAAUCACAAACACUCGAGGCGAAACAAGGGUCUUUUAGUGAGUUUCCAGCUGCUUUUUAAAGGCUUCUACAUACAUUGAUUUGUUUCUGUUCCAAAGUAAACAUGGAAACUAACAAGGCGGAAGUAAUGACUUUCUUUUAAAUGAGUAAAAACCUGAGGUAACAAAUCUACAUCUGGACUCUGGCACCAUCAUCCUCUCUGAAACCUACAAUGGAGCCCCCUGAGCAAAGCUACUGGUUUCCCCUGGCAUCAGACCUCAACUCCUCCUCUGCAGCCCCCCCGUCGCCUUUCCUCUUCUCCUACCUCCACCUCUCCAACAUCUCCUCCAACCUGUCCACUCAGAGUGUCCCCUUCCAGGGCAGCAGCACCCUGAUGACCGCUCUCAUCUCCCUCACAAUCUUCAUGGUGGGUCUGACCGGCAACACUCUGGCCAUCUACGUGGUGCUGCGCUAUGCCAAAAUGAAGACAGUCACCAACAUCUACAUCUUGAACCUGGCUGUGGCCGAUGAGCUCUACAUCAUCGGGCUCCCCUUCCUCACCACGCAGAACGUGCUCUCCUAUUGGCCAUUUGGCACCUUCCUGUGCCGCGUGGUCAUGACAGCAGACACCAUGAACCAGUUCACGUCCAUUUUCUGCCUGACGAUAAUGUCCAUCGACCGCUAUCUGGCUGUGGUUCAUCCAAUCCGCAGCACCAAGUGGAGGCACCCCCGCGUGGCCAAGGUGGUGAGCGCAGCCGUGUGGGCCGUGUCCUUUGUGGUGGUCCUGCCUGUGUUCAUCUUCUCUGAUGUUCAGGAGACAUUUAACUCCUGCAACAUGAACUGGCCAGAGCCAAAUAACGCGUGGUCAACAGCCUUCAUCCUCUACACUGCCACAGUGGGCUUCUUUGGACCCCUGCUCAUCAUUUGCCUCUGCUACCUGCUUAUUAUUAUCAAGAUUAAGUCAUCAGGGGUGCGGGCGGGCUUCACCAAGCGUCGGCGUACGGAGCGCAAGGUGACGCGGAUGGUGGUGGUUAUCGUGGUGGUGUUUGUGCUCUGCUGGCUGCCGUUCUUCAUCAUCAACAUAGUCAAUCUGGUGGCCAUCAUCCCAGAGUCCAGCGUCAGUGCCGGCAUCUAUUUCUUCGCUGUCAGCCUGUCAUACGCCAACUCCUGUGCCAACCCGGUGCUCUACGGCUUCCUGUCAGACAACUUCAGGCAGAGCUUCAGAAAGGUUCUGAGCGUGGGGACUGUGCGGUGCAAGACCAACGGUGUGGAUGACGGCGACCCCAGUGCUCCUCGCACGGAGAAAACCACGGCACACGACUGCGUCCUUUUCUCCCAACGAAAUCAGGCCUACCACGACCCCCAGAGCAGCCAGAUCUCUCCUCACCCUCCAGGCUCGCCCACCUCCCACACAGCAGCAGACCUGCACCGCUCCACCCCGACACCUCAACCUUUCUCCUCUUGCCCAGGAGUCGGACCCCCCACCACCCCGGUAGACUCCACAGCGGCUUCCAUGGUAACUCCGGCUGAUCUUCCCACCAUCACUGCCCUGACCUCCCCCACCUCUCCCGCAUCCAUAGCUCCUCCGGAACAGUAGCCAGCGAUCGAUGGAUAUCAUGGGGUUGUAGGAAGUGAAAAGAAAAGCGGAGGAGGAAAUAUAUAACAUGAUGUCACAUGAGUGGAAGCAUCGAAGUAGCUGAUGAAAACAGAAAAAGUGGAUGCUUGUCGGCAUUUCCAACCUAAAAGGCAUUUCCGGGACUAUAUUUUGACAACACUCCUAAAUGCAUUUCAGCAUUUUUGAUCCAUUACGGUAAACAACAUCAUCAUCACUUACGAGUCACGGUGAAUCUUUACCUGUAUGAAUAGCUCAGCUGUUCAACAACCUCCAUUUCUUUCCAUCUGACACAAGUGCCUUUUCAGACCGCUUUCGGCUAUCUUCACAGCUCCUGAACAGACGGGAACAUUACAACUACAGUAUGUUCUUUCACAUUCUGUUUAUCUGUCACUCAACAUGUUAGAAGGUCAUUACUUUUCAGGACCAAAAAUGCCAUCGAGGACAUAUUUCAAUACAGCGGAGGAGAUUUCCUGCAGGUAUAGAUAGGACAUUUCCUGCAGGUACAGGAAAUGUUUAUUUAUGUUUAAACCGGGCAUUACAACGUUCCAUUUUUGCACACCACACAUUUUGAUUAAAACUGAAAUGAUUAUUCCUAGUAAAAAUCUUGCCUACUACAGCUUUAAUGAAAUAGCUAAACAUCACAAAGUACUAUAGUGUUGAGUGUUUCUGCAUUAUUGUACAAGUGUAUUGUGUCCGUUUCAAGGUCCUUGUUACUUUGGUUCUCCUCACUUAAAGAGGAACACCACCUAAAUGAAAACACCAAUAUCUUAUUUCAAUGGUGCAGGAAGGUUCCAUCAUGAUAAUUGUGAACAUGAGAUACUCUCUCUCAAAGCCACAAAGAAGAGAAGAGAAAACCAGUGGUCAAAUCUGUGACUUCAUCAGGUAUAAAGUCUUGAGCAUGCAGCUCCAUAGACAAUUACAUUUUAUUUAUAAACCCAAAAGGCAUUUUUCUUUUGUAGUUCUAUUGUAAUCCAUUACCCCUGAGUGCUCUGUGUUGGAGCAGUUGGAGACUUUAUACUUUACGACAUCACACAUUUGAGUCUGAGCGCUCAUGGAUGAGUUUAUGUUUACUAAUAUAAUUAUAAAGAACCACAGGAAUAAUAUGUAUAAAAUAAGAAGUUAAAAAAAAAA